AUGUCCGAGAGCUGCGUACUUGGCGUUCUCGGAGAUGGAAACAAUGGUGAAUUUCGGGUCAUUGAGAAUGAUGUCCGCCACAGCCAUACAGGUCAAGGUAAGCUAGACGAGAUUGCGGUAGGAAAGCAUGGUCAAGAUCAGAAGAAACAGUUCGCGAGGGAGGCUUCUGAGGCGGGAGAUGAAGUGAAGGACUCCAGUCGAAGAGGGGCCGUCGUCUGA